AUGAACAACAUUAUGCAGGAUCAGGUCAAUAACGCAGUAGAAAGUGCCAAGGAAGCAGCAGCGUCAGUAACUGAGCGUGUCACUUCUUUUUUUCAUGGCAAUCCAUUUGCUACACCGAUUGGAGCUAAAAUUGAAAUGGCGACCAAUCCAUCUGUUUUUGGUACGGAAAACUGGGAAUUAAACAUGGAAAUUUGUGAUUACAUCAACGGCACAGCGGAUGGAGCUCGUGAUGCUUUGCGUGCAAUUCGUAGGCGUCUCCAUUCGCAUGUCUCGAAAAAUAACGGCAUUGUCAUGUACACACUUACAGUAUUAGAAACGUGUGUGAAAAAUUGUGACGUUCGUUUUCAUGAACUUGUCUGUCAUAAAGACUUCAUAAAUGAUCUUGUCAAACUAAUUGGUCCCAAAUUUGAUGCGCCACAAGUUGUACAAGAACGUGUACUCAAUUUGAUUCAGUCGUGGAAUGACGCGUUUCGGGAUGAUCCACGUUUGCAAGGUGUUUGUCAAGUAUACGAUGAGUUGAAGGCGAAAGGUGUUCAGUUUCCGAUUCAAGAUCCUGUUAAUAUGGCUCCAGUAUUGACACCAAAAAGAGUAAGUUGGAUAGAAUUCCGUUUCGAUUGGUAUAAUCCAAGCUCAUAUCCUCUCUGCGAUUAUCCAGAGCUCAUAAAUCCGACAGAAGACCAGUUUGAAAAACUACGCAAGGAACUUAAUGUUGUGAAUGAUAAUGUUAAGGUAAUGCGUGAAAUUUUAAAUGAGAUGGUGCCGGGAAAAGAAGAUGCUGAUAGUUUUCAGCUUUUGGUUGAGUUAUAUCCAGUUGUGAAACAAAUGCACUUUCGAACCCAAGAUCUUAUUGGUUGCGUUCAAAAUGAUGAAGUCAUGUACGAAUUGCUGAUUAUCAAUGAUGACUGUAACAGCCUCUUUGAAAAGUAUGAUCGUUACAUGAGUAAUCGUGCUUCUGGUACUAAAGAAAAUGCAACUGCGAAGAUAGACAUGGUUGGAUUUGAUAAGCAAAUGCUAAGCCAACAGCUUAGUCAAAUGAAAGUUUCUGAAGAUCUAGGAGAAGUUGACGCCAGUGAGCUGUCAGCCGGUGAUAAAAAUACUCCAGUGACUGAUAAAGAAGCAGCGGAAAUGGCAGAGUGGCUAGAAGCACAAGAAGGCAAAAAAAGUGAAAAUACUCACUCUUGCAUGCAGCCAAGUAGUAUGUUCCAAAACAUUUCAUAG